AGCUUGUACAGUACAGCUAGUUUAUAGCUGAAAUUUCUGAGGAAAGGACCUUUGCAGACCCACUUAGUGACUUAGCACUAGUUGCGAUAGCGUUUCACCCUCCUCCUCACGACCAGGAGAGGGUUAUAAAAAAAUUAUCGCAACUAAACAAGGUCAUGGAGUCUUUAAUGCAAUGAAGAUUGAUGUUAAACCAGCAGGCAGCUGUGCUUCUUAAACUGUAUGAGAUGGAAACAUUUAACGGAGAUUAGAUCCAUGUGUGUACAUGUACCAACUAUUCUUGUGCGAACUAAAGAACCAUGUGGCUGAAAAGAAGGAGACUAGUUUUACCGACAAUCUUUUUUAUUUUGAUCUGGUUUGCUAUUAUUUUGUUGACACCAUCCCAGUUGAACGAUAAUAAACCUCGUAGACAGGAGGAGCACGGUGCUAACAAUCCAGAACUAUCCAAGCCAAAGGCUGCACCAAGAGCCAGACCAACCAUUCCAAGAAUAAGAAUUGUUGAUAUCGAUGAAGACGCGUCAGACGAUCAAGGAGAAAGAGAGAGGGAAGCACAACUGAGAGACGAAAACCAUGCAAUUGACAUCAAAGAGGGACCUCCACAUCUAAUUAGAAUUGUAGAUGAGGUAGAUCAAGAACAAAAAGACUUGUGGGAUUUGGAAGGAGACCUCAUACCUCGGGACUUACCCGGUGGCUUGAGAACGUUAAGUGCAAUAUGGAACCUGACGGCAAGCUGGGUCAAACCUGAUGCUAUUACGCCAAGACACAAUCCGCAUCUUGGAGCAGUUCUUCAUGCUAUGGCAACGAGGCGCAUUGCUGAAGCAGACGUUGGUUUUAAAGGGACACAACUAAAGGCUCGAUUAGUUCUGUCUGGAGGACAGUGGGUUGUCUUCAAACCAGGAAGAUACAAGAGAGAUGAGAUUAUUGAAGGCACACCCUAUGCAGGCUACGACAGACAUACUGGAGAAAUUGCAGCUUUCCAUUUAGAUAGGGUUUUGGGAUUUCACAGGGCACCGAUUGUUGUCGGAAGAAGAGUAAAUUUACGUACUGAAAUUAAGCCAGUGGCAUCACAGUCACUGCUGCAAACGUUUUCCACUCAGGACAAACAGACAUGCUUCUAUGGCAAAUGUUACUACUGUAAACCAUCAGACCCAGCGUGUUCAGAUGAAGACGGCAUGAUGGAAGGAUCAUUAACCAUGUGGUUGCCUAGGCACAAGAAACUAAAGAAAUGGAGGCAUCUUUGGGCAAGAACCUACCGCGAAAAUAAGAAAGCAAAGUGGGAGUUAGACACUAAUUACUGCCAAGAGAUCUUACAGACCUACCCCAUUGAGGAACAUCGACAGGUUGUUGAUAUGUUUGAUACAGCAGCCUUUGAUUACUUAAUUGGUAACGCUGAUCGUCAUCAGUAUGAAACAUUUGAAGAGGAUGGGGACCAGGGAAUGCUGCUGCUCAUGGACAGUGCUAAAAGUUUUGGCAAUCCACACCAUGAUGAGAGAAGUGUACUAGCGCCUCUGGAGCAAUGCUGCAAAAUACGGAAAUCAACAUGGACGAAGCUGUUGUCACUCCAAGAUGGCCGCUUAAGCCUCGUGAUGGCUCGAGUGCUAUCCCAUGAUCCACUUGCUCCUGUGUUGACUGCGCUCCAUCUGCAGGCAAUGGAUCGUCGACUCAUCACCGUCAUUCAGGUCAUUCAUAAGUGUCUACAGAAACAUGGCCAAGAGUUUGUGUUGAUUCAGUGAGGUAUAGUAUCACAACUCCCAAGUAUUAUAUUUAUUGAACUCACAGCCGUUGAUUUUGUACAUUGGCCAAUUAUGCAAUAAGAAUCUUAUUCGCAUGGUAACGUUGUGACAUGUAGAAAUCAAUUUGGGCGCAGGAGAUAUGGCCCAAAAGAUUUACUGCAUUAUUUUUGUACAUUUUUUUGAUAUUUUGUAUGAUAUAAAAUGUAUGUAAUGCAUUAUUGAAAUGUUUAUUAUGGACAACAUAAUUAUCAAAAUGACUAUAUGAAACGAAAGCUAAGCUUUUAAAAACCUGAUGCGUGUUUAAGUGUAAAAUUUGCAUUGGGGAUGAAGAAUAUUAUUGGUGCUGUACCAAUACACUGAUGUGUAUUAAACCUUCAGAGACCACUCAUUCUGUGAAAUUAUACCUAGACAUACUACUAAUUGUGCAUUUUUUACAGCAAAAAUACCAUCAAAAAAAAUAAUGUGAAACAUUAACUUUAGAAAUUAUUUACAAGAACAAACAAAACACUUUCUGUACUUUGACCUUUUGCAGUCGUAAUAGGCAUAUUGGUAACUGUUGUGGUCUCUAAAGGGUUAAGCACUGUACACUCAAUACUUUUCCCAGCUCUGUCGUCGAUUUCAUGAAACUCUUCCCAACUUCAAAUUAAUCUUAGGACUUACAUGUACAUGAAGGUGGACUGAGUUCAGUUCCGUAUUCGUGUAGAAUGCAUUGAACCUUUCCUAAGUUAGGACGGUUUACUCAUCCUAACUCGAGAUAGGAUAAAUCCAAGCGUUUUGUAAAAACGGCUGCUUUGUAUUAAGAAACUCAACUGGCAUAUUACUCGUGGGAUUGAAACCACCACAACUUUUGCCUUCUACAACAGAUAGAUGUCUUGCCACUAGACCGCCAACCUUGCCAACUUGGUAAAGAUAUUUUUUUUAGGAGGGAUUAUCGCAACAAUUUCACUGGAAUGUUUCACUUGCAUUGAGGAUAAAGAAUAUUAUUCUGUUUAACCAAUGUACCCUGAUUAUU